AGGUUGUCGGCCAAAAUCAACCAUUACAGAAUUUGUCCUUUCACAAAAAAAGAAUUCUCAUUUGUAGCAAAAACAUAUAUAUUCUGAAAUGGAUGCUCCACAACUAUUGCCACAAAGCCAUGGGAGUGUGCAAGAGCUUGCAAAAGAACUCCAAUUAGAUGUCCCUCAACUCUACAUUCAGGAUAAACGAGAACCAACCUUUGUUAGUAACCACUCUACACCUUUGCCCUCUAUCCCAGUCAUUGACAUGAACGAUUUCAUCAACAUACUAGAAUCCGACAAGGACCCGCUGAAAAACCUGCGUUCCGUAUGCCAAGAAUGGGGAAUCUUUCAGUUGGUGAAUCAUGGAGUUGAUAAACUGUUGAUAAAGAAAAUGAAAGAAGAGGUGGUGAAGUUUUUCAACAUGCCUGUGGAAGAGAAGCUAAGGUACAAGUUAAUGGCAGGUGACUAUCAAGGGUAUGGUCAAACCAUACUCCAUGCUCAAGAUCAGAAAGUUGACUGGGCUGAUCGGUUCUAUAUGAUCACCAAUCCUGUUCAUAGAAGAAAAUCCAACUUACUUCCAGAAUUCCCUCCAGUUUUAAGAGAUACGAUGGAGAACUACUUGCGAGAAAUGCAAAAACUAGCUAUGUAUUUGUUUGAUAUAACUGGCCAAGCAGUACAUAUUGACAAACAAGAGAUGAUAGAUGUUUUCGAAGAUGGCAUGCAAUCAGUGAGGAUGACUUACUAUCCACCUUGUCCCAAACCGGAUCUAGUUAUCGGUUUAACCCCUCACUCGGACGCAGCUGGAGUUACCAUUCUUCUUCAAGUCAAUGAAGUCGAAGGUUUGGAAGUUAAGAAAGAUGGAGUCUGGCUCCCUGUGAAUUUUCUUCCAGAUGCAUUCGUUGUUAAUAUUGGAGACAUUCUUGAGAUAAUGAGCAACGGUGUAUACAAUAGCAUUGAGCAUAGAGCGACGGUUAAUGCAACGAAAGAGAGGAUUUCGUUAGCCAUGUUCUUUAAUCCAAAGCUUGAAGCAGAUGUUGGUCCUGCUAAAAGCCUCACAACAAACACAGGAGACCCACCGUUGUAUAAAACACUCGUAAUGGAACAGUACCUCAAAGACUUCUUCUCGCGCAAGCUCAAUGGAAAGACAUUUCUCGAGAGAAUGAAGAUUGGAUAUGGUGAAGCCAGUGAAACUUGAUCAAAUAUAUAUAUCCUAGCAUUUUGUUGAUCAUAUAUAUUUAAUACUCAUGCAAAAUAAAUUAUGUACGUACAUAUAAUUUGUACAGUAGUUAAUUAGCAUCUUAAACCCUUUGAAGAUUGGUAUAAUACCCUUCUCUUCUCGUUUA